AUGAGCUUCAAUUCCGGCAACCAAAAAGUUGAAAACGGAACAUUAGACGGGGACCAAGAAAAUGGCUACAGUAAGGAUCUGAACACAAACGACAAUAUUUCGUUCAAAAACGAUCCACUGGCUGAGCCAAGAUGUUCUACAAACCUUGAGACUGAAAAGGCGAAAAGCAGUGACUCAAACGACCGUGGACAAAAAAUUCUGGUCAGCGACGUAUGUUCAGAUAUGCUUUUCGAUAAAAACUACCGCGACACCCUCAUGUUAGAAGAGGAUUCAAUUGAUGUUUCUUCCGGAAAAAACUCCAAUUCUCAGCCUAAUGAGACAGAUCUCCAGCAGCUUCAGCGAUUCCAUUUCGAAAGACCUUCUUUCUCCACUAUUCAGAACAUAAAUGGGUCCCAGGCUGGUAACUUGAGGCAUGAUUGUGCGAAUCACGAAAGGACUCCAUGGUGCGAUAAUUUUUACGAUCAUACCACAUCUGACAGUGACAGUGACGGUGACAGCGGCAAUAGUUGGCAUUCAAUGGAUCAGAAAUCUCAAGACGUGCUGCAGCGAAAAAUGAAGCGACUAGAAUCCAUGUUCAGAAAGCGUUAUUCCAUCGAUUUCGACGAAUAUUCCAUGAAUCCAUGCAAAAUACCAAAUCUGAAUUACAAAUCAAACGAAACGGCUUCUGACGAGGUACUUGCCAAAAAAUUUGAGAGCUGGCUAUCAACAUCUCCAUUCAGGAUCUGGUUCACAAAGCAUAGCGGAAACAAACUUUACGCGCAAUGCAAGUAUGACCACUGUCGCAAAACCUUCAGCUUUAGCAGAAACCGUAAUUCCUCUGGUAUGGUGAAGCACCUGGAAACAAACCACAGCUCUGACUACGAGAAGUUUAACUCACAAAUAAACUCCAAGCAAAACGAACUAACGAACACGGACAACUUUGGCUUCGAAGCUCGAAAACCUUUCAAGUUUUGCACAAGCUUUAUCGACUUUUACAAAAGUAAGCCCAUCGUUAUCAAGGAGCUCGAUUUUUUUGUAGAAAACUUACUACCAUUCAACUCCGUGGAGUCUCAGUCCUUUCGCGACUUAAUAGGUCUUGUCUCUGGCAAUAACAAGCGCCCGUUCAUUUUUUCUCGCAAGUCAAUGAUAAAGGAACUCACAAACUACCACGAUCAAUUCGAAAAACAGCUGAGGUUCACUUUGAAAAGGACUUCAAAAAUAAAUAUACAAUUGGACAUUUGGACCUCUGGUCUUAACAAGAGCUACCUUGCCAUUUUGGUUUCUUUUUGUCCUAAUUUGGAUCGUCUCGACCAAAAAUCCCAAAGAAACGACGUCAUAGGCCGAGGGUCUCCCACUCCGCACGUAAUUGGUUUCCAUGAUAUAAGUGGUCCCCGUUAUACAGGGGAAUACUUGAGUCAGGUUUUCGUUGAUUCGUUAGAUCAACAUUCACUCAAACACAAAGUCGCGAGUGUGACAAUAGGCAAUGCCGCCCAAAACCUCACAAUGCUUGACAGAAUUGAGUUUGAACUGACUGGAGAGGGGGUCAAUGCCGAAGGUGGCAUUGUAAGGAUUCAUUGUUUGCAAGAUGUUUUAAACUUAAUUUUUAGACAUAUUGUCGAGAGAUUCGAGAAGCAAAACGCAGAACUGAUUGGGAGGAUUGAUGAACUAACUUCGAAAAUUGAACACAACGUUUUUCUGAGUGAUCAUUUCAAAACCUACGCUGGAAGAGCAGUUCCAAAACAUAAUGAAACUCGAUUUGUGUCGCGCCAUAAGCAAUGGUCCUCCUUUAUGAACCUCGGCAACUCUCUCAAGCAGUUUUACUCUAAUUAUUAUACCUAUAGGAAGUUCCAGCUCGAGAAAGAAGACAGAAGACUUUUCGUGUACGAACCAGAAGAGAUCUUUUCUCUAGAACUGUUCCUCAAGCUCACCAACUUAUUUUUGGAGUUAACAACGGAUGUGCAGGAUGACGCGAUGAAUAAUCUGCCCAAUGGCAUACAGUUCUACACUUUACUUCACAGGUACUUCGAAGCAUGCUCUCAAAUUUCAAUGGGCAAUAAUUCCGACGAGAAUUUGAAGAUCGCAGGUAUCCAAUUCAAUGAUCUUGUUGUAGUAAGCGAAGAAAACAAAUCGAAGAUUUUGUCUACCAUAAUCGAGUCGAGAUCAUUGUUUGAAAGAUACUACAAUCUUGCCAGCGCGCAGAUGGGGUACUGGGUUGCUCACAUCUUAAGACCAGAUAUGAAAAUCCGAUCAUUAUCCAAAAUACUCGACAGAGGGACGGAAGCGCAUAUAAUCAGCAAGGCUUCGAACUAUGUUUAUUGCUACCUUGGCUGUCAUUACCCCGGCAGAUCAACAAAAUUUGCGUACCCGGAUGCAGGAAGUUCAUGCUCCAACAAACAGAAGAGACCCAGAAGAAAGCUCAGAGCCUUCGACAGAUUCUCUAAGGCACUUCGAAACACAUCUUUCGAGCGCGAGGCGUUUUUUGAAUGGGAAUGCUACAAUAGAGAGCCGCUCGAUCUUCACCGCGAUUUUAUCACCUAUUGGAUGGCUAACAGAGGCAGGUUCCCACGGUUGUCUUCCUUGGCAUUAUCUUUCUACUAUACCAGAUUAUCCACGGGUGAUGUAGAACGGUCUUUCUCCAUAAGAAAGAAGGCUAUCGAAGGGCGAUUUUCAUUGUCCAGCGGGAAUCUUGAGCGCAUGAUAGUCUUGAGAAACCGCUUGAAGUGUUUUGGGUUUCGGGAAAAACUCAAGCAUAUCACCUCUAUCGAAGAUACCAGCUGGGCAGAAGAAGACAUGUCAAAUGGCUCUUCUGAUGACCAAAACAGUUUCAGUGAUCAGGAUUCUUACAGUGAGUGA